AAGUUGUGAUGAUGGAAACAAAAAUAUUUUAAAAUCGUACGAUUUAUUUAAAAUUUAUUUAAACAAACAAUUAAAUAAUGUAUGCAAGACCAAAACCGGGUGAAACCGAAGAAGAUUUGCUCCGUUUGCAGGAAGAAUUCAACCGGCAACAAUCUGAGAACAAAAUCAAGUUAGCUGCGACUGUAGUCAGCGAAAAGAAAGACCAAAAGCCUCCGAUUGUUGAAGAUGCUUGUGCCUCAGACAUCCAUGACCAAAUCGCUAACACUUUUGAAGCAAUUCCCGACCCGAAAAAUCUGGGAAAAAUCGUGGAAAAACACCCGGAGAAGUCUCCCUUACCCCAGUUGAAUUUCAACACAAGUGGCGGUUUUCCAAAGCCCAAGCGUCGCGACGCCAGUUCUGAAGCCUCCAACGAUGGUGGUAGUAUUUUCGCGAGACAGUUCAAAAGGUUGAAAAUGGGGAAAGACCCCCCGAAACCUGUCCCAGAGGUGUCGCUUCCGUCCCAAAGUUUUGUCCUGAGUGGCAGCGAACGUGACUCUAUCCACAGUGAGAACAUCCAGAAGAUGAAAAGCAUGUCUGAGGAAGAGAUUUUGGAAGAGCGGGAGCGACUUAUGUCCACUAUGGACCCCGCACUUAUAGCUUUUUUGAAAUCACGUCGACGCAAAGACACGAACCGAACCCCAACAAUCCAGGAACAGAACCAAGCGGGUGAGAGUAUGGAAAUUGAGGAAAUUGAAACAGCGAGUGAGAUUUUAAAACAACCACAAGUCGAAAAGUGGCUCAAUUUCACGACGGUGGAAACGGGGAAAUUAGCAUGGAUGAGGAAUGUAGAGACCCCGAAAAUAGAUAAAAGUAAAAGCUUCGAAGCCAGAUUUGACUUUGAAGGCUGGGUUUUACCAUACGUUGAAGAAAUAAGUGAGAAAUCGAGGGUUUUGUACCAUCAUGGAGAAGAAGCCGGCAGGCCUGGGUACACCUUACAGGAACUGUUUCAAUUAUCACGGUCCAAUGUAAACCAACAAAAAAUUACCGCCUUGAACACUAUUGCUAAUAUACUGUCUUUACACUCAACGGGGGUGUAUGACGACGUUAUUGACUUGCCCCUUGAGCAGAUUUUCUUUGUUUUGCGUUUCUGCUUGGACGAUAACACCCCUGGGGUUUUAAACGCUGCGAUUAAGGCUAUGAGAAACUUAUUUUAUAGCAAAGUCGACGAAACUUGUUUGAAUUGUCUCCUAGGUUUUGGGUUAGGUCAAAUCCAACCCAUUUUAGCCAUCGACAAUGAUGAAGACGACGAUAGAGUAAAUGACCAACAAUUAGCCGAAACUAAUUUAGUCAAAUGUCUAGCAAGAACUGAGAUUUUGACCAGAAUUAGAUACAUUAUAAAUACAGUGAAACCGUCUAUUGAAACUAUAGUUUACUGUAUGGACAUCCUAACUCGGCUAACACGCGACUCGCAAUUUAUUUUAACAAAAGUCUACAAAUGCGAGAAUUUAGUUUCAAGUAUUGUUGAGAAUUUUGUCCCAAAUACGAUACAACCAAAUAAUUCACCCUAUGGUUGUCCUUUGUUACAAGCUGUGAAAUUUUUACGAAUUUUGGCAACUCGUAGUCAAACAAUUGUCUCGGACUUGGUGGGGAAGUACCGAGUCAUGGACGCCAUUUUGACGUAUUUGUCACACGAAAAUUACUCCAUGAAUACCAACGGUUUAAAAUUGCAGACUGAAAGUUUGCACUUAUGGUCCGUUUUUAUCCACUAUAACUUAACGUGGGAUUAUUUUCAGGUUUGCCAACCUGUCCUAAUGGAAAUGUUGAAUUACCAUUUGAAAAACACUGAUGCCAAUAUGAGUACGACGUACGUCAGACAGGGUCACGUGGCCGCUAUAGUGGGUUUGAUUGGUUCAUGUAGUCAAAAUUCGAAUUUGGUAGCCUCCUACUUGAGCACACUUGAGACUUGUGCAAGGAAAUGGUUCAGUCAAUUUAUGACUUUGACUGAUUUUGCUUGCGGUAAACUCCAAAUUGUGGCCUCAAUGUUACACUGUCUUGCUUCACUCUCAAAAUUGCUGGAGCUCCCCCAAGUUUUUAAUAAUCUAAUUGUGCAAUUAUUGGAUUCAGAUGGUUUUAAAAUGGUCACUCAGAGUGUUACUAAUGCUUCAAUGUUGUUGAAUAAUUACGAACCGCAUAAAACCAGUGCUAAUAUCAAGAGUGUGGAAGCUGCGGCUUGGCACACCUUUGAACAUGUCGUGCCUUUGGUGCAAACAAACAGUCCGAUUCCGUUUCUGGCGUCUUUGUCGUUUUUCAUCGAGGCUUCAAACGAUUACAAGUUGAAAUUAACUUUUUUGCGUCAUGAAAACGUAACCAAGUAUUUGGAUUCGUUAAGAGGCUUGGAUAAGUACUAUUUGAGCGAUAAUUGGUUUACGCGGGUUGAGAGCGAUUUAAUUAUGAAUAUUUUAAAGAUUUCCCUAGUCGUGAAAGCUGACUUGGAUACUCGGCCUUUUUACGAAAUUGCAGUCAACUGUUUGAGCAUUUUCACUUGUGAUCAUAAACCAAGUAUUGAGUUUAUUCUCGAGAAUGUUGUUUUUAGUCCGGAGUUUUACCCCAGUGAGGUCCUCAUGAGAAAUUUGAGUAUUGAGCAAAGACACGAUUGUCUAGAAACGUCGCUGGGGAAUUUACACGAAAUUUUGCAAGUGUAUAUACAAGUUUUGGGUUUGAAAAUUGACGUUCCGCGUUUUACCACAAAUUUAUGUUUGGACCACAGUAAAGGGAAUGUAAUCCCAAUUGAUUGGAUUUACACUCCCAUAAUCGUCUUAUAUUCGAACCAGCAACAAAAUAAAACAAAUCAAGCAGAAGUUGAACAAGUUUUCGUGAUUCGGAAUUGUUUGAGAUGGGUUUUAAUUUACGAAAGUUAUUUUCCCGAAUUGGCGGCUGCGAUAAACCCCACUGAUCGGUUUUGCAGAAUCGCUUGUGUUUUUCUAGGUAGCGAUAACUUGUUCCUAAUUGAUGAGAUUCACAGUUUAUUGAAGCUGUGUCUUGGCAAUCUUAUGAAAGAUGAAAAUGAGAUUAAUUUCAAUAAGGAAAUUCAAGGUCUUACAAGUUUUCAAGAUUUUUAUAUUCAGUUGCUAGAACAGUAUCAAGGUGUGAGUUAUGGAGACGUACUGUUUGGAAACUUCAUUUUGAUUCCUUUGGCCCAAAGACAUUCAUUAAAGUGGCGCAAAACUUUGUGGUCGGAAUAUAUGGGUGUUGUUGAAAUUUUUAACGUGACACAAGAACAAAGUUUGUGUCCUUUAGACAUAUUUCUGACACCAAAUGAAGAGGAUUUGUCACUAUUGAAAUGUUAUAGAAGGGCGCUUGUUAGUAAUGCUGUUAGGAAACACUCGAUUUUAUACACUAUUGCCAAACAUCAUGUUGAGCAAUAUAUGUUAAAUAAGAAAAAUAAAACUUAAUUUGGUUUAAA